CAGUUCCAUGUCCUCUCAAUGCACUAAAUUACAUUCACAUCGGCUUGUGUACUAUGUCCGCAGUCUCUGGUCAUCUCCUGUACUAUGUCUGCAGUCUCUGGUCAUCUCCUGUACUAUGUCUGCAGUCUCUGGUCAUCUCCUGUACUAUGUCCGCAGUCUCUGGUCAUCUCCUGUAUUAUGUCUGCAGUCUCUGGUCAUCUCCUGUACUGUGUCCGCAGUCUCUGGUCAUCUCCUGUACUACGUCCGCAGUCUCUGGUCAUCUCCUGUACUACGUCCGCAGUCUCUGGUCAUCUCCUGUACUACGUCCGCAGUCUCUGGUCAUCUCCUGUACCGUGUCUGCAGUCUCUGGUCAUCUCCUGUACCGUGUCUGCAGUCUCUGGUCAUCUCCUGUACCGUGUCCGCAGUCUCUGGUCAUCUCCUGUACCGUGUCCGCAGUCUCUGGUCAUCUCCU